CCUUGUCCGCCCUCCCCGGGAAAGCUGGAUUUCCGAGGCUGGAGGCGCCUGGCCGACUGGGUGGGGACCACCAUGGGCAACGCGGCCGGCAGCGCGGAGCAGCCCGCGAGCCCCGCCGCGCUGGCCCCCAAGCAGCCCGCGGCGCCCAAGCAGCCCAUGCCCGCGGCCGGAGAGCUGGAGGAGAGGUUUAACCGGGUCCUGAACUGCAUGAACUUGCCCCCGGACAAGGUCCAGCUGCUGAGCCAGUAUGACAACGAGAAGAAGUGGGAGCUCAUAUGUGACCAGGAGCGGUUUCAAGUCAAGAACCCCCCAGCAGCCUAUAUCCAGAAGCUGAAGAGCUACCUGGAAACCGGUGGGGCCAGCCGAAAAGUAGCAGCAGACUGGAUGCCCAACCUCGGGUUUAAGAGGCGAGUUCAGGAGUCCACGCAGGUGCUCCGGGAACUGGAGAUCUCUCUGAGGACCAACCACAUUGGAUGGGUGCAGGAGUUCCUGAACGAGGAGAACCGCGGCCUGGACGUGCUACUUGAGUACCUGGCGUUCGCACAGUGCUCCGUGGCGUACAAUAUGGAGGCCACAGACAACGGGGCCCCGGGCUCCGAGAAGAGCAAGCCACUGGAGCAGUCAGUGGAAGAUCUGAGCAAGGGUCCGCCCUCAUCCUUGCCGCCCCCAACCAAGAGUCGCCACCUGACCAUCAAGUGCCCCCCUUCUCCCCGGUUGACCCCGGCCCACAGCAAGAAGGCCCUGAGGAAUUCCCGCAUCGUCAGCCAGAAGGACGACGUCCACGUCUGCAUCAUGUGUCUGCGUGCCAUCAUGAACUACCAGUCCGGCUUCAGCCUCGUCAUGAACCACCCAGCCUGUGUCAAUGAGAUUGCUCUGAGUCUCAACAACAAGAACCCCAGAACCAAGGCCCUGGUGUUGGAGCUGCUGGCGGCUAUUUGUCUGGUGCGGGGAGGACAUGAUAUCAUCCUUUCUGCGUUUGACAACUUCAAGGAGGUAUGUGGAGAGCAGCACCGCUUUGAAAAGCUAAUGGAAUAUUUCCGGAACGAGGACAGCAACAUCGACUUCAUGGUGGCCUGCAUGCAAUUCAUCAACAUUGUGGUACAUUCAGUGGAGAACAUGAACUUCCGUGUCUUCCUGCAAUAUGAAUUCACUCACCUGGGCCUGGACCUGUACUUGGAGAGGCUUCGGCUCACGGAGAGCGACAAGCUGCAGGUGCAGAUUCAGGCCUACCUGGACAACAUCUUUGACGUGGGCGCUCUGCUGGAGGACACUGAGACCAAGAAUGCUGUGCUGGAGCACAUGGAGGAGCUGCAGGAGCAGGUGGCCCUGCUCACAGAGCGGCUUCGGGACGCGGAGAACGAGUCCAUGGCCAAGAUCGCGGAGCUGGAGAAGCAGCUAAGCCAGGCCCGAAAGGAGUCGGAGACCCUGCGGGAGCGCUUCAGCGAGUCGACCCCUAUGGGCACCUCCAGACGUUCCUCUGAGCCCGAGAAAGUGCCUGCCCCUGCCCCGGCGCGGCCGUCGGCCCUAGAGCUGAAGGUGGAAGAGCUGGAGGAAAAGGGGUUAAUCCGUAUCCUGAGGGGGCCCGGGGAUGCGGUCUCCAUCGAGAUUCUCCCGGUCGCUGUGGCAACUCCGAGCGGCAGUGAUGCCCCGACUCCGGGGGCGCCCACCGGCUCCCCCAGCUCAGCCUCGGAACUCCCACCUGUAGCAGAGCCGGCUCCUGGAGCGGCACCGCCACCGCCACCUCCACCCCCACCUCCACCCCCACCGCCGCAGCCCCCACAGCUUGGUCUCCCCUCCCAGCAGGAAGCCCCACCCCUGGCGCCCCCUCCGGCCCCGCCCCUCCCAGGCAGCCCCGAGCCCCCGCCCCCGCCGCCGCUGCCAGGCGACCAGCCGCCCCCGCCCCCGCCGCCCCCGCCGCCUCCCGGCGAGGACGGGCAGGUUCCUCCGCCGCCCCCGCCGCCUCCGGGAGGUCCCUCCGAUGCUCAAGCAGGGCCUGGCUCAGAGAUGGGCCCAGGAGUGAAGGCCAAGAAACCCAUCCAGACCAAGUUCAGAAUGCCACUCUUAAACUGGGUAGCCCUGAAACCCAACCAGAUCACAGGCACUGUCUUCACUGAACUCAAUGAUGAGAAGGUGCUACAGGAGCUGGACAUGAGUGACUUCGAGGAGCAGUUCAAGACUAAGUCCCAAGGUCCCAGCGUAGACCUUAGUGCUCUCAAGAGUAAAGCAGCCCAGAAGGCCCCCAGCAAAGCCACACUCAUCGAGGCCAACCGGGCCAAGAACCUGGCCAUCACCCUGCGCAAGGGCAACCUGGGGGCAGAUCGCAUCUGUCAGGCAAUCGAGACGUAUGACCUGCAGACCCUUGGCCUGGACUUCCUGGAGCUGCUGACCCGCUUCCUGCCCACAGAGUAUGAGCGCAGCCUCAUCACCCGUUUCGAGCGGGAGCAGCGACCGAUAGAGGAGCUGUCAGAGGAGGACCGCUUCAUGCUGCGCUUCAGCCGCAUCCCCCGCCUGCCCGAACGCAUGAACACGCUCACCUUCCUGGGCAACUUCCCAGAUACUGCCCAGAUGCUCAUGCCGCAACUGAAUGCCAUCAUUGCAGCCUCAAUGUCCAUCAAGUCCUCGGACAAACUCCGCCAGAUCCUGGAGAUCGUCCUGGCUUUUGGCAACUACAUGAACAGCAGCAAGCGUGGAGCAGCCUAUGGCUUCCGACUCCAGAGUCUGGAUGCGCUGUUGGAGAUGAAGUCGACGGACCGCAAGCAGACGCUGCUGCAUUACCUGGUGAAGGUCAUUGCUGAAAAGUACCCACAGCUCACAGGUUUCCACAGUGACCUCCACUUUCUGGACAAGGCCGGCUCAGUGUCCCUGGACAGCGUGCUGGGGGAUGUCCGCUCCCUGCAGCGAGGCCUGGAGUUGACCCAGCGGGAGUUUGUGAGGCAGGAUGACUGUGUGGUGCUCAAGGAGUUCCUGAGGGUCAACUCACCGGUCAUGGAUAAGCUGCUGGCAGACAGCAAGACAGCUCAGGAAGCCUACGAGUCUGUGGUGGAAUACUUCGGAGAGAACCCCAAGACCACAUCCCCCUCCAUGUUCUUCUCCCUCUUUAGUCGCUUCAUCAAAGCCUAUAAGAAAGCCGAGCAGGAGGUGGAACAGUGGAAGAAAGAAGCAGCUGCCCAGGAGGCAGGCACCGACAUCGCGGGGAAAGGGGAGCCCCAAGCACCCAAGUCCCCUCCCAAGGUCCGGCGGCAACAGAUGGACCUCAUCUCUGAGCUGAAGCGGAAGCAGCAGAAAGAGCCACUCAUCUAUGAGAGUGAUCGUGAUGGGGCCAUUGAAGAUAUCAUCACAGAUCUACGGAACCAGCCCUACAUCCGCGCGGACACAGGCCGGCGUAGCGCUCGUCGGCGCCCGCCUGGACCCCCGCUGCAGGUCACCUCCGACCUCUCGCUGUAGUCAUUAUUUCUGCAGAUGGACUGCGAGGCCUGGGAGCGGGGAGGGGGGGCGGGGAGGGGCAAUCCGGGACUUGAGGAAGGUGGGACUCAGCUCGGCUGGGCCGGGCAGCCUCCUCCACCAAGGUCCCCACCCCUGGGCGCCCCUCGAAUGGGCAGGGGCGCCCCUCAUCUUGCCACAGGGGGAGGCAUCUCUGGCAUCCCUCUUCCCUCAACAGCCAUACUUAGCCUCAGCGGGAGCCCGGCCUGUAACUUAUGUAAAGGGUAACCUCGCGCCCCUUCCACUCCCCCCACCCCGACCCAGCUCCGAGGACUCCCCAUGGACCUUAUUUUUAUACAAGAUUAAUAAAGACGUUUGCAAAA